AUGUCGCAGUCGCCAGCACAGGACAGUAUCGAGCGCCAAGAUGCACUACAGCAGGACGAAAAGACCGUUGUCUCGGCUGAUGUGCAUGUGCCGCAGCCUGAGGAUGGGCCGUCCAGUCUGGUGACCAGGUCUCGCCAGAGCCUAUCUGAUGUUUUCACGAUAUUUGCUGCUGGGUUUGCUUUAAUUUCUGAUGGUUACCAGAAUAAUUUAAUGACCAUGACCAAUGUCUUGUUGAAGAAAGAGUACCCAAAGGAAUAUACCUCUACCGUGAGCACUCGCGUAUCCAAUGCUCUUCUAGUCGGCGAGGUACUUGGACAGAUUGUCAUUGGUUGGACAUGUGAUUACCUUGGUCGAAAAUGGGCUAUUGUGAUCACUACCCUGAUGAUCGUGAUUGGCGGUAUUCUGGCUACUGCAUCGAACGGGUAUACUAUCGAUGGCAUGUUCUGGAUGAUGACUGUUGCGCGUGGAGUUAUUGGUUUUGGUACCGGCGGCGAGUACCCUGCAUCCUCAAUUUCAGCGUCCGAAGCAGCAAAUGAGCGCUCCUUAAAGAACCGAGGCCCAACAUUCAUCCUAGUAACGAAUCUCCCGCUUUCUUUUGGUGGUCCCUUCGCUGUGAUUGUUUUCUUGAUUGUCUACUCAGCUUGUCAGCAGUCUCAUUUGAGCACUGUAUGGCGUGUGUGUUUUGGAAUCGGCUGCAUUUGGCCGUUGACUGUGUUCUACUUUCGAAUCCGUAUGCUCAAUUCGGUGCUGUACCGUCGUGGCGCUAUAAAAAAGAGCGUGCCCUAUUGGCUAGUUUUGAAGUAUUACUGGAAGACCCUGGUUGGCACAUGCGGUGCUUGGUUUUUGUAUGAUUUUGUCACAUUCCCCAACGGCGUUUUCUCAGGAACUAUUAUAUCGUCAGUAGUGUCAGACAGCUCCAUUCUCAAGACCGCCGAAUGGCAGCUCUUGCUAGGCGCCCUCCAGCUUCCAGGCGUAUUCAUUGGCGCUUGGUUAUGUGACCGUCUGGGACGCAAACAAACUAUGAUGCUUGGAUUUUCCGGGUAUCUCAUCUUCGGCCUUAUCAUUGGCUGCGCGUAUGACAAAAUCACCCACAUAGUUCCAUUGUUCGUUGUGUUUUACGGUCUCAUGCAAAGUUCUGGAAACCUGGGACCGGGCGACAUGCUUGGUUUGUUGUCUUCGGAAUCGUAUGCAACCGCUGUUCGAGGACAGUGCUAUGGGAUUUCUGCUGCUCUCGGCAAAACUGGCGCUGCUGUCGGAACGCAAGCAUUCACGCCCAUACAAAACAACCUCGGCAAGAGAUGGACAUUCAUCAUUGGCGCGAUUUGCGGUGUCGCCGGUAUCUUGGUAACAUAUUUCUUUAUCCCAAAUGUCACUGGAGAAGAUCUCAAAUUCAAUGACGAGAAAUUCCGGGCCUAUCUUGUUGCCAACGGCUGGGAUGGUCAGAUGGGUGAAGGCGACUUGCAGGCGAUUGCGGCUGAGGGGAUCCCGCCAGCAAUUACUGAGGACAAUUUAGAAAAUAAGAAGGAGAAAGAGUAA